AUAAAUUGUGCAGAACAUUUUUUCAAAAAAGCUAUGUUGUGAAAGGACUGUUGAUGUUUGUAGCAUUAGACUGUGCGCAACAGCGUUAACGUUAACAUCAGGUAUGUUGGGGCAGAGAACUUUUAGAAAGGAAAUUGUGCGUGUGCCUUUCUCCCCCCUUGACUUGCCGUACAUGACUUACCAAGUGGGCGGGCCCUGUCGUGUCGCACUCUUGAAAGUUUGCGGAAGUUUAUUCAGCCGUCAAGAGGGUUAAAAUCAAAAAGAGUAGUGCUUUUUAUUGUUGUACUUAAUAGAUGGACCUCCGUUCAGAGAACAUUCAGCGGAUCCUCUCCAAGUACAAAUUCCAUGAUGUUGCUGUUGAGGAGCUGCAGAAGAUCCAUCGAGGCUACCCUGGGAUACAACCAUUCACAGGCACAUACACAUUUAGUGACGGCACCCAAAAAGAUCUCCUGAAAUUAAUUGGUAACAUCCCUGUCAAGUACGAAGGCCGCUCCUACAACUUCCCCAUCCAGCUGUGGCUGAUGGACUCGUUCCCCUUCACUCCUCCUAUAUGCCUCCUGAGACCAACCCCGGACAUGGUCAUCCGAGAGGGCAAGCAUGUUGAUGGAGGAGGACGGAUCCACCUGCCGGGGCUGCACAACUGGGAUUAUCCCAAGUCCUCCGUGGUCGGUCUUCUGACUGAGAUGAUUGCCAAGUUUGAGGAGGAUCCUCCGCUGUCCGCAAAGACCACAGCAGACAAUAAAGACCCCCAUGAGCUCCUGGCUUUUGUUUCCAAUCUACAGAUCAAUGAUGGUGGAAGCAGACAUCGCGAUCAAUCCAUUAACAAAGUCUCAGUUAUCGGGGGAGGAGAUUUAGGAAUGGCUUCAGUGAUGAGCAUUCUGUCGAAGUGUAAAGUGGACAAACUCGUGUUCAUUGACGUCGCUGAGAGUUCCACCAAGGGCGGCAGUACAGAUCUAGAGAUUUUCGGUCUGCCCAAGGUUGAGGUAUCCAGAGAUUUGUCAGCCUCUGCAGGCUCCACGGUUGUCGUGGUGACCGCGAAUGCAUGGAGCAGUGAGCAGACGUACCUGAGCGUGGUUCAGACUAAUGUGGACUUGUACAGAGGAAUCAUCCCAAAUCUGGCACGUCUCAGCCCCAACGCAGUAAUGCUCAUCGCUUCACAACCAGUGGACAUCAUGAGCCAUGUUGCCUGGAGGCAGAGUUGCUUGCCUCCAACACGGGUGAUCGGAGCAGGGUGUAAUCUGGACUCUGCGCGACUCAGUCACAUCCUGGAUAUUAACUUGAACACUCACAGACCAGCCUGGGUCAUAGGAGAACUCUCAGACAACAAAGUUGCUGUGAUGAGUAACACCGGGCUGAGCUCCAACGCGCAGCACGAGAUCGCAGCAGGAUCCAGUGCAGCGAAACCGUUGUUAGACAGAGCGUUUGAGAUGAUGAAGAAUAGAGGCCAGCGGUCGUGGUCUGUGGGUCUGUCCAUCGCUGACAUCACAAACAGCGUCCUGACCGAUAAGAUGAAGACCCACUCUGUCUCCACGCUGGCUCAGGGCUGGGGUGGCAUAGGUGCAGAGGUGUUCCUCAGCUUGCCGUGCAUCAUAGGAUCAAACGGUUCCACGCGCUUGGCUGGAGUGUCCCUGGGACAGGAAGAAGACUCUAAACUAAGGGAAAGCGUCACUUCCCUUUCUAACCUUGUGAGUCAGCUUACCAUAUGACUUAUGUAUGAUUGCAGUCCCAGUUUUGGUUAAACUUGACUGCUGCUAACUGGCGGGGGGCAGUUCUCCAGUCAACACACCCUCAGCAGGUGGACGGUCCCUGUGCUGCAGUUGAAAUGCAUGUUCAGUCAUGGAAAGAAUUGGUGUCUUUAAAUAUGUAUAGUUUAUUCACAAGAUUUGUUUCUAUAUUCUCGUUGGAUACUGUGUAUUACAUGUGGGUGGAAGGAAUCUGAAAUAUCAAUGUACAGAUUGCAUUUAGUAUUUAAAUUGACCAGGACUGAGCGGGUUGCUCAUUGUGUCUCAUACAGAAUUUGGAACAUGAACAUUUGGUACAUGAAAGCAUGGUUAAGUUUUUUUGGAAAAAGCAUCUUAAGAAUAGUGAUACUUGUAGUUUUGAACAACCAUAUUUCUGUCAGUAAAUACAAUUUGGUCUUGACUACUUUUUACCAAAGAUGAUGUAAUUAUCCAUAUUUUUGUACCAACCCAUUCCUUACAUAAUGCCUUUUGAAAAACAAUCAAGGUGUUGGCCCGAUAAUGUGUGGGGCAGCAUUUAUAUUAUAUUCACUACAGUUGCUGUUGGUGCUGACUUAAUAGAAGGGGCUCAUUGAUGAAGUACAGCUUGUGUAUUUAAUGGCCUUAUUUGAGAUUUCAUUUUCUUUAUAUUUAAAUAACCUUUUCUCUUACUCUUUUACUUUGUGUUGAAUACUUUGCCUAAAAUAUGUACAGUAAGACUAGACAAUUUUGUGGGUCUGCAAUAAAUAUCUGGAACCAGAUGUGGAUUGUCUCUGUGGGAAAGAGAGGACAAUGGACGACUAAGGUUUAUCUCUUUAUAAAACUCAAAUAACUAGUUGCAUAAAUGUACAAAGUUCAUGAACAAACCGUAAAAACAUCUGUUAACAUCACUUCCUAAGAUGAAAAUUAUUUAUUAUCAGUAACCUGGAACUCCGUUAGAAAUCAACUGGAAAAACUUAAAAGAAUUGCAAAACCUCUUGGUAAUGACAAAGGGCAGCGCAAACAACAAAGCUGAUGUUCAGACAUGGUAUAUAAUGUCAUAUAUAACUGCAUGAAACAAUAUAAACACGUUUGACUAUUAGGUCCUAGUACAGUAUGUUAUGGCUCGACUUCCAUUUCUCUAGCACUUUUGCUCUGAGCAAUUCAAAUAAAUGUACACCAGUCUCUGCAAUGGCUCUAAAAUAUAGCUGUGCAUAUGAAUAAAUUCAGCUUUGCUUCUU